AUGAGCGUUAACAGUACAAAAUUAGAAGAACCUAAAAAUGAAGCCUCAAUAAUAGAAAUCAAAAAAACAAAUAAUAUAUUGGAUGUACUUCCAAGGUUUGACGUAGAUAUAAUGACGGCAGCUUAUAUGUCAACUAUGGAAAUUAUUAAUGAAGAAGAAGAUUUAUUAUUUACAGAAUAUAAAGAACUUUGUCAGGAAUUACAAUCAUGGAUAAGAAGUAGAAUUGUUUAUGAUCAUCUUAUGACACGGAAACGAAUACGUUUAACCGUUGAUUGGGUCAUUGCUAAAGAAGAAGAACUUGAAAAAACACGUAAAGAGAUUUUAGGAUGUAUGGAAGCAGUUAAAAAGGCCCUUGGAUUAUUGUUUUCUACAUAA